CCUCUUUCGGUGUGUAAUGAACAGUGCCAUCCUGGUUAUGAGAAGAAAAUGAAGGAAGGGGAAAAGUUUUGUUGCUAUGAUUGUGUCCCAUGCUUAGAUGGGAAGAUAUCAAACCAGACUGAUAUGGAUGACUGUUUCAAAUGCCCAGAAGACCAGUAUGCAAACAAAAAUAAAAAUGGUUGCAUCCCCAAACUUAUAACCUUUUUAUCAUAUGCAGAACCUCUAGGGGUCACUUUGGCCUCAGCUGCAGUUUCUUUUUCACUGACCACAGCCCUGGUGCUAGGAUUGUUUAUUAAGCACAGAGAUACCCCAAUAGUCAAAGCCAACAACAGGGACCUCUCCUACACUCUCCUCAUCUCCCUCCUGCUCUGUUUUCUCUCUUCUUUGUUAUUCCUUGGCCAUCCUGGGAAAGUGAUCUGCCUCCUUCAACAAGCAGCUUUUGGCAUCAUCUUCUCAGUGGCUGUUUCUUGUGUGCUGGCCAAAACCACCAUAGUUUCUCUAGCAUUCAUGGCUACAAAGCCAGGAUCAAGAAUGAAGAAAUGGGUGGGGAGGAAAGUGUCCUAUUCAAUUGUAAUUUGCUGUUCGCUUGUUCAGAUAGCUAUUUGUACUGUGUGGUUGGCAACCUAUCCUCCAUUCCCUGAUUUAGACAUGCAUUCAGUGAAUGAAGAAAUCAUUGUACAGUGUAAUGAAGGGUCAGUCGUCAUGUUCUACUGUGUCUUAGGCUACAUGGGUCUUCUGGCCAUCACCAGCUUCAUGGUGGCAUUCCUUGCCCGCAAGCUACCUGACAGUUUUAAUGAAGCAAAAUUCAUCACCUUCAGCAUGUUGGCAUUUUGCAGUGUUUGGUUGUCCUUUAUUCCAACUUACCUGAGCACAAGAGGGAAAGGCAUGGUGGCUGUGGAGAUCUUCUCCAUCUUGGCCUCCACUGCUGGGUUACUGGGUUGUAUCUUUUGCCCAAAAUGUUACAUCAUUGUGUUGCGACCAGAACUGAAUAGCAGGGAGAAACUAAUAAGGAGAAAGUAUUAA